CUUUCUGCGCGGCGCUGCUCUACGCUCCGACUCUAACUUUAAAUCUGAGUCUUGGCACAAGUCCAACGCUCGUAUUCAUCUUCCAAAGCCGUGUUCCUUCUUGUAUUACCUAUCUUCGUUUUGGAAUCUGGAGAGCUCAGGAAUGCUGAGCAUUGAUUUGGAAAACCAGAAAGAAAUAAGUACCUUCGAGCUGUCCUUUGACAGCAAAGCUGCUCAAAUUAAGACGCUGUAGAUUUUAGCUCAGCAGUGUCUUGCAGCGGAUGUGCCCCUUCUUCAUUGCUUAGCUCUCACGCAACUCUUCCCACCUUGAGAUCAACCAGCUGCCACCAAACAACUGGGUCCAUCAAAGCACCUGUCAGGUUUCAAUAGCCCUUUUUAGAAACCAAGGCUCGCAGAUUGCACGUUCCUUGACUCAUGAUACACGGUACAUGAGCAUAGACCAGCCCCUCUUAGACUCUCCCAUGGCAAGCCUUGCCUCCGCCGGCUCCCUUCUUGAGCAGAUCCGACACGCAGGGGACAGCACCCUUAGCAAGCUCACCAGGCUACUUACAGGCCACCAGGGAGAAUGGAGGCGGCGCGAAGAGGCGCGGCGGCGGUGGCGCUUAGUCCGAUCUAAGCUGUGCCCGGGCCUGGCGAGCACGAUCAUGCUGCAAGAGCUGCACAGUUUGGUGCGACUUGCAGUGGAGAAGCUGGGGCCACAGCGAUAUCAGGAGGCACUGCAAGGGCCGGAGCUAGAAGAGCUCAAGGAAGGAGAAACGACGGCUCUUGCACAAGAUGAGCGGUGGCCACUUCUGCUUCGGAUCCCGGUUACGACCUUUGGUAUCUGCAUGGGGUUGGGCAGCCAGACGGUGCUCUGGAAGAACCUGGCGCAGGCGCACUCCAUGCAGUGGGCCAACAUCCCCGUCGAGAUCAGCGAGGGUCUCUGGUACUUCUCUGCGGCUGUGCUGUUUUCCCUCUCCCUCGUCUACCUGCUCAAGGCGUUUCUCUGGACGCCCUACGUCCGAAGGGAAAGCGAGCACCCCGUUCGAACCAACUUCUUCUUCACUCCGUUCAUCGCGUGCCUCUUCCUGGGGAUCGGGCUUCCACCCCGAUUCAGCCACAAGCCCCCCUACGCGCUCUUCCUGGUGCCCAUGAUUCCGCUGACGCUCCUCAUGAUCCGGCGGUACGGCAACUGGAUGACCGGAUCCAACGAGCGCCUCAGCAAGGUCGCUAACCCGACCAGCUUUCUGAGCAUCAUCCCGAGCUUCGUGGGGGCGAGCCUCGCCGUCUCUUGCGGCUGGCGCGAACCCGCGGUCGCCUUCUUCGCGGUCGGGUUUACUCACUGGGUCGUGGUCUUCAUAACCCUGUACCAGCAGCUGCCGUCCAUGACGUCACUUACUGACGAACUGCACCCGGUCUACUUCCUCUUUCUGGCGAUACCGUUCCAGGGAAGUACCACGUGGCGGCUGAUCCAAGGGGGUGUCCCGGACGACUUUUCGAAAGGGCUCUUCUGGCUCGGCUGCUUCCUUUACCUUAUUCUGCUCUCCAUGGCACGCAAGUUCAUCGGUGUGAAGUUCUCCCUAGCGUGGUGGGCUUACACAUUCCCUAUGACGGCGGCUGGCAUCGCGAGCAUCGGGUAUGCCAACGGGGUCACAACCGGAUUCACUCAGGCCCUUGCCUUUGCGUUGUCUAUCAUUUCAUCGGUGGCUGUUGUUUUGAUUCUGGGCAUGACGAUCCUGCUGACGUGGCAACGUAAACUGUUCGGCAACGACGUUGCGAUCGCAAUCACGAGCGGCAAGGCCGGGGCACGCCCGCAACGGAAGGGUCUCAAGGACGUGCUGAAACGGCACACGGUGAUCAAUGUCCUCUACGAACCUGAGAGCAAGAACGCUGCAGACUAGAUGCCUCUGCUUGCAUCAAUCCCAUUCGACGUCGCAUAUACAAAAAGCAUACUUCUGCGACGAAACAACCAGGCUUCAGCAGGCUAACGGGCCGCGCGCUUUGAUAACCGUUGAACAGGGACGCGCACUCUCUGCACACGUAAGAAGUUCAGUAACUGAGAGGGGAAGUGCCGUACGUCAGUAUCCGAGUCGGCCUGAAUGGCGCAAGGCCGGGCCGAGCGCGGCUGCAGACUGAAAGGCUUUGCAACUUGAAUGCCACAUAUGCACAUACUAUGAUCCAAAUCUCGCCCCAACCGAGUGAACGGUAAACAGUUCAAUGCCAGGG